AUGAAUACGUUCAAAAAAUCUCUCUGGAAUUUGACUUCUCAUUCAUUUCAGUGAGUUUUAUUCGUUGUCUGCGCUCUCUUCACUCUCAUCAUCUUUUAGAGGUGGUGAGAAUGAAGAGAGCGCAGACUCUUUUCCCUCUCACCUCCGCUGAGAGAUCGAGAGAGUGCAGACAGGCCAGAAUUCUCAAGAUUUUUUAGAAUAAAAAGUUUUCAUCGAUUCUUCUCUGCUACAGUUUCACCAAACAAGUAUACGGUUUGUUUUGAUUUUUCAAAAGGGGCGAAAUAGUAUGCAAAAGUAGAGGUUUAGACAUCUCUGCUUUUUUUUGACCUAAUGGAGUAUGAAUUUCCGUUCAGCAUCCCUUCGGAAUAGUCCUCGACAUCGAUGGUGUCCUUUUCCGAGGUCGAAAGCUUUUGCCAAGAGUAAAGGAGGCCCUACGAAUGCUGACCAAUGGGAAGGGCAAGCUUCAGGUUCCCACGGUUUCUUGCUCAUGUUAACCAGAAAAUAGAUCUUGCAUUUUCUCUAGGUGUUUCUUACGAAUGGAACCAACAGCUCACAGAAGGAGAAGGCCCAGAAACUCAGCCAAAUGCUCGAAUUUGAGGUUUGUCUGGAUUUUCUGUCGGUUAUUAUAACACAAGGGGCUAUUCUACGGCAUUUGAAAAAGUAAGAAAAUCAGUUACAAGUUUUCGAAGCCUUUUUUCCGGAUAAGAAAAUCGGAUAUUUCAGAAUCUGUGUUCGAAAAUUGCCUAGGAUGUCCAUGAAAGGUGUUUUUCAUAAAAAAAAAGGCUUAAAAAAUUAGUUUUUUGGAUGACAGUUAAGAUGAAUAUCGUUCUUGAGGUUCCAAAAAAGUCUCCAUCUCAAUUUUGAGCACUCAUACCUUUUUCACAGGUCCCCGAGGCUACUAUUAAUUUUCACAAUUUUUGAAAUCAGUUAAAAAUCUGGGUCUAGAAACCCUAAAAUGAGUUCAGAAAGCUCCCUAGUUACCAAAGUAUAUUCACGGCUGGCUUGACCCAAUGAAAAACUGGUCCUGACACGAUAAGAAGAUAGAUAGUAUAGGCAAAGUCGGAGGGAUCCUUUAAGGGCCCUUUGAGCGUCCGUUACGGGUGCAAAAGGUUCCAUUCACUUUUUCUAAACAAGUGACAACGGUGUCCUUUUUACUGCCCUUUUCCGUCCUUUCAUCGGCCUUUAUCGACCCUUUUUGGACCCUUUUCUUUAAAUUGAGAAUAAUCUUUUCCAGUGACUGUGUAUGAACCACAAUGUGCUACAGUAAUAAAAUUGGAAUCAUCAAUGGCCGAGCCUUUCAGCACCCUUUUUGCACCCUUUUUGAGGGGUUUGAACCUUUUUUUUAACAUUGACGAUUUUCGCUAUGUUUUGAAACCUUUUCGCUUAACUUACUGUGCAUCGCGCGCAAGUAGUUUUUGGUCGGUUGCGCUGAAAAUUUGCAUAACGAGUUGAUCCAUUAUGAACUAGACGAAAAGAAUAAAUUUUUGAAGGCAUAUCAUAGCUGAUUCACGGCUGACUUGAGCCAUCGAAAAAAAGGGUCCUGACACGAUAAUAAAAAAGACAGUGCCUGGUUGGUGGAGAGCGCAGACAGGCCACGCCCCUUUUCGUUCCAAGCCAGUGGUGAAUCGACUUUAUUUCCCAACGUUACCUUAACAAAAAAAGGAAACUUUCUUGAGAUACCGGCCGAAUGCAUGAUCAUGGCGCACGGACCCCUCAGAACACUCACCGACCUGCACAAUAAGCAGGUGAGGACGCAAUUUGAUCCAACCUAUUCAUAGGUAAAAUUAGGUUCUCGCUGUAGGACAGAAUAACGCGGCUGCCAUUGCUCGGAGGUAAAGAUUAUUCAAAAAAUGAAUUAAUCGAAAAGUGAUUCAAGCGUGGGCUUCAAGAAAAUAAUGACUAUCGAGAAACUGAUCGACACCUUUCCUCAUCUGGCCUGCACGGACUUUUCUCGGAAGCUUCUCACAAAAAAGGAGACGGCGAAGCUUCGCGAAAACUUUCAGCCCAUUGAAGGUUGGGUCAGUUUGGUCGCGCUUGGAAUGGCUGAAAGCGUCGCGGUCGCGUUGCGGUUGGCUUCAGUGCUUUUCGAAGCCUUUAUCUUCCUAAAAUUUCGUCGAGUAGUCAAGUCAUUCCGCCUGCGGCCCAAAAUUCAAAAGAAGAUUUUAAAAAUCGGAUCUAGUGAAGUUGAUGGGUUCUGAAGAGGAAGUAGAGAGAUAAAAUUGAAGGAAACAGUGUUAAAUUAUUUUUGAGGAUGUUUUAGAGUUUCAAAAAUAAAAGUAGGGUCCAGAAUCUAGCGCAUGUGGUCCAUUUGAAUGAUAAAGCCUUAAAACGCAAGAGCCUACCGAAGAAAAAGUUACUGGGCUCUUAUUAUCGAAUUGAUUAGAUUUUUUGGAAAACAGAAGACUUUUUUAACAUGUGAAAAAAGUUCCAGAUCAAAUAUCGAACUUUCUCGGAAAAUGUGAUCUUUCAAAUCUCAAAAGACAAACUUCAAUUUUCACAAUUUUCGGUUUUUCGCUCACAAAUCUGGUCUGACUCAAGCAAAUGUGUUUUGCUUCUGAAAAUGAGUUAUUGCAUAGUUAUUUAAAAUCUGUGCAAAGUUUUAGGACAUUUGAACCACUUUCAGGUGCUCGACAAACCACUUUGGAGUACCUCUAUGGCCAGUACUGUAUUUAAUAAAAUAUUUUUUUAGCCAUCGUCAUGCUUGGAGAGCCUUUGAAAUGGGAGACGUCCCUUCAACUAAUCCUCGACUGCUUGCUGACUAUGGGAAGUCAGUGUGACCAUUUUCCAUUGUCAAUUUUCAGAUUCCUUUUUCAUCACCAAAAAUCUUCAAUUUUAGCCAUGGACGACGUGAUUCGAGGCGUCAACGGCUCUUUCAAACAGCUCCCUCUGAUCGCUUGCAACGUCGACCUCGUCUGGAUGGCUGAGGAGGGUAGCCCUUUGCCGAGGUUCCUUGAAACAUUAGAAAAAUCAUGGGAUAAUGAUUCAGAAUCGGCCAUGGAGUCUUUAUUCACUUCUUGGAGUCGCUUUAUGAAACCCUGACGGGACUUCGGCUGGACUUUCAGGCGGUUCUUGGCAAGCCAACUGAGGUAUGGGCAUUUUGAAACAUUGGAUCGUUUCUAUAUAGUCAAUUUAUCGAUGACUCAACUAGGGAUGUCACUUAACACGCGUUCUCUGAAGUCGAAGAAUCUAAAGAAAGUCGAUGAAUCUAAAGCAAAAUAAAAAAAAAGUUUUUUUGAUUUGCCUCAAAAUGUGGUCACGGCUCACACACGUGCUUCUAAUUAUUUAGCACCAGGUUCCAGGUGGCUCCGCCCCUUUAAAAGAUACUGUAGACAGUAAGCUGAAAAAAAUUAACUUUUUUUCCUGUUGAGAAUUUUCAUUCAAAAAUGUUUGGAAAUGUAAGAAAACACUAUUUUGAGCAUUUUUUCAGUUGCAACUUUUUUUCUAACUCGACUUCUUCGGGGAGAAAAAAAAUCGAAAUUUCCUCAAAAACAGCGAUUUUUUCAGUUUUUGAGCCAUAACUAGAGUAAGAACCCCCCUAUGGUACGAAUUUUAUUUCUGAUUAUGAAACUAGGGGUAUUCUUCUUCAAGAAAAAGUAGUUCUACAACAAAUCCCUGGGGUGGGAUAGUUGACCUCCAUUCGACCGAAGGUGAUCAACUCGAUUCGGCUCAAAAUUCAAAAAAUCAUUUUUCUCCUAAUUUGACGGCUUCUUUCUCUUUUUUGUCUAGAAGUGAAAAAAAUGAAAUAUGAUUCAUUUUUGUUCAGAUCAGCUACCUCCAUGCGGCCCACAUUCUUCAAAGACAGGCGCAGUUGAUGGGCCGGGAUGACGUCAAACAAAUCUACGUCAUUGGGUACCUUCUUCUCAUUUAGUCAUCUCGUAACAGCUUUCUUUAGUUUUUAAAGGCGCAUAAACGGAAAAUAGCUCUUCCUCUUGAGACCUUUUUUGAAUUUUGCCUGUGCUCCUUUAAAUUAGAGAGAAAUCUUUUGAUUACCUCGUUGAGAUUUUAAAAGGCGCUGGCGUGUUCCAUGACCGGAAUUGAAAAAAAAGCCUUGAGACCUUUUCUGUGCUCGUCUGAAUAUACUAAAAAAAUUUUUGAAGCGAAUAAUGCCUUUUUUUAGUGACAAUCCAAUGUCUGACGUCCUUGGCGCCCGACUCUUUGACAGGUAUCUGAGACAUGGUGGCCAUGGACGCUUCGAUCACUUUGAUCUGGAUCAAUUCGAGGAGCAGGACGAUCAGCUGCCGAAAGUAUGUAUCAGAUUUUUUUUUGGAAAUUUUUGAGGCAAAAUCUCAUUUUUCAUUUGCUCAUAAAGCAAACCUGAAUCGUUUUGGCUGGCCUUUUUCUUUUAGAACUGAUAGGUUCCCCCUCCCUUCCAAAGGCUUUUAUAGAGUUUUCUAAUUAGAGAUGAGGAAUCAGCAGGAAAAGCUGAAUCAAUCGGACUUGCUCUCAUCCAAAAUUCUUGCAUUAAACUGAUUCCACUCCCUAAAGUUUUUUAAAGGAGCAUGAUCCGAUUUCAACAUAGCAUCCUGGCGGGAAGCCGUUUUUUGUGUUUUUCUUUCGCUCGUCAAUGCUUAUUUUCCUUCAGAAAGCUAUUAGGAUGCAACUAUUGUCCAAAACAAAACAAAAAAAAAAUCAGGUCCGUUCUCGACACGUUGUGGAGCGUUGUGUUUCAGUUUUGGUCGAAACUGGCGUUUAUCAAGGUUUUUUUUUCAAUGUCUCUGAUAUUUUCAAACACUAUAUCUUCAGAAGGCUGUAAAAUGAACGGUGUUGUCAAGCCAAUCUCGAUGCUUUAUGAGGCGUUGGCUCCCGGAGAACAGCUUUUUCUACGACAAGUACUCCUUUUAUUUUUCAAAGAGAAAAAAAAGCUGAAUUUUUCAGCCCAACUACGUCGAGUCCGACCUCUACGCGGCAGUCAGGACUAUCCUGUCACGAGAAGGAUUCCGAACAGUUUAUUAG